AUGGAGACACUUAAGGACUUCCACUUUGAUAUCUCAUACCACCCUAGCAAGGCGAACUCUGUGACCGAUGCUCUGAGUUGGAAGAAGAAGCAUGAGUUGGUAGCCACUCUGAUGAUCAAGGAGUGGAAAAUGAUAGAGUUUGUACAAGACUUCGACAUCCAGCUUACCCUUGACGAACCCGAUGCUUAUGUGGCUCUAUUGAUUGCAAAGUUGACCCUGGUUCGACAUGUGAUCUCCACUCAGGACCGGGAUGAAUGGCUUGUCAAGAUAAAAGAAAGGUGUAAGAGUGAGGAGAUGUGUAACUGGAGGGUUGGUAGCGACGGCGGUCUUCGGUAUCGGGGGCAAGUAUGCAUUCCAAACGACGCCAAAUUGAGGAAGGAAGUAAUGGUAGAAGCCCACCAUUCCAAAUUAGCUAUCCACCUAUGGAGCACUAAGAUGUACAACGAUGUUAAAAGAUAG